AAUACCGCUCGGUUCUAUAGAAUGCUGCGCCGCCUUAGAGACACCCGGAUCCUGUCCGUUGCCCAGCUUAAUCGCUGCUGCCGCUACCUGGCUGAUGCUCCUGCAAAGCCCUCGGAUCCAUAUGUCGUCACCACGGGGCUCAGUGCCAACGUGGCAAAGGGGCAGAUGCGUUCCUUGCCGGUGAGCGGGCUGCCCCCGUCCAAGUAUGGGGGCAUCACCCAUGUCUCCCUGCUUACCGGCAGCACGAUCAUUGGCCAGCAGGGGGCCAAGUUUGUGACAGCCUUGCUACACAGCACGCGGGUGCCAGUGGAGCUGCAGCGCAUUGCCUCCGACCAGGAGGAGGAGUACUUCAAUUCGGUGCUGCGUAACCAUGCUGCGGUCCAUGUGGACAUCCUAUGCGAUAAAGAGGCGAAGAAGAAGUCCCUCAAGAUCUGCAACGACCUGGACCUGUACGUGUUCAUGACGCGCCUGCGCAGCUUCCCCGGCUUCAAGUGCCGCUUUCCCGACGUGGACAUCCAGGUGAUAGCCCAGAACAACAUUGGCAAUUACUCGGAGCUCGAGUACGCCCCCGUCAAGGGUGUGGUGGAGGCCCUGCGCGUCGUUACCCAUGAAAACGUAACAAAGUAUCUGCGGCACGCCUUUGAGGCUGCGAUCCGCGCCGGCCGCUGUCGCGUCACCCUCAUCCACAAGGCCAACGAGUGGCCAGUGACCGAUGGGGCGAUGGUGGAAAUUGCAGAGAAGAUGCACGCGGAGGACUACUGCUCCAUCAAAUUGGAGCUGAUGGAGCUGGACGACUGCGUGAACCGGCUAAUCACCGAUCCCGCCUACUUCGACACCAUCUUCACUAACGAUCGCUACGCCACCUUCCUGGCUACCAUCUGCAGCGGUGUUGCCGGAGGCGCAAAUCUCUUCAGCGCCAUCGAAUUGGGGGACAGUCAUGCUGUGUUCAAGCCACUCCAGACCAAGCUCUCGCUGACCAACUACUCCCUCCUCAGUCCUUACGGCAUUGUGUCCACCUGUGUGGACUUACUGAACCAUGUUGGCCAAGAAAGCUGCGCCAAGUCCCUAUGGAAGGGGAUGCUCCGCACCAUGACCGAUGGCAUUAAGACUGUCGAGUUCGACGGACCAGACACCGGUGAAUAUGUGAUCUGCAAUAUCAUGAACAAGUUGCGGUGCAGUGCUUUGGGAGAGAAUGUCGAGAAAAAGUGAAUACCUUGUUAAAUAUAUUCACUAAAAUUUAAUUAA